AUGGCUAUCUCCUCCAACGUUCGAUCUAAAAGCUUCCCUUCAAUGCAACACCCUCAAGCCGCUCAUGUCGAUGAGCAAUUGACCCGAUUGAGAUCUUCUGAAGCAGCCUCAAGCUCUUCUAUCUGCCAAAGACUUAGCAACCUUCAAGAUUUACAUGAAUCUCUUGAGAAACUGCUUCGCUUACCCAUCACCCAACAAGCUCUAUCCCAAGAUCAGAUUGAGAAGCUUCUUGAUGGUUCCCUCAAGAUCUUGGAUUUAUGCAAUGUCGCCAAGGAUGUUUUGUCGCAGAUGAAAGAAGGUCUCAAGGAGAUCCAAUCUAUUCUACGAAGAAAGCGUGGAGAUCUAUCCGCAGAGGUCAAGAAAUACUUAGCAUCAAGAAAGUUUCUCAAGAAGUCAUUCCAAAAAGUAAUCAAGAAUUUGAAAGUGUGCCAAAACAACGACGAAUCUUUGGUUGUGUUCGGAGAAGCGGAAGCCGUAACAAUUGCUCUGUUUGAAUCCAUGUUUAGCUUCAUGUCCGGAUCAAAGGCUUGUGGCAAAUGGUCUUUGGUCUCAAAGCUGAUGAACACGAACAAAGCUACAUGUGAAGCAGAAGAAAAUGAAUUCACAAUGGUGGAUUCGGAGUUCCAAUCCGAAAAGUCAUUGAAGGCGGAGGAUGUGCAGAACUUAGAGUCAUGCAUUCAAGAUCUCGAAGAUGGAAUUGAGUCACUGUCUAAAUCAUUGAUCAAAUACAGAGUCUCGAUUCUUAACAUCUAA